UCGAAUGAUUCCAUAAAAUGUUCCUCGUGAUUAUAUUAUUCUGGUUAUUAAUUCUGUUGUUGCUGCAAUGAUUUUGGAGUACUCUGAGUUUCAUUCUAGCAAAUAAAACCUUGCAUCUGUACAAAUACUGUGACAUUUCACCUCAUUGUACAUGUUUUAGGUGCUUUCUUAAUUCCAAAAGACACACUACAGAGAUCACAGCACUGUUAACAGUCACUUUACAUUUGGUUCUUCUUGUCAAUUUUUCAAAAUCUAUUGAUCUGGCAUAUUUGUCAUUUUUCUCAUCAAGACUGUGCUCCGGUCUGAUGGGUAAGCAUCAUGCUCUUUGAUAAGCAUCCUUUACUAUGUGCGUAUGUGUGCACGUGUAUGAGAGUGAAUCUACGUCUAGACAUCCCCGACCUCCGACCUCCCUCUCUAAAUAAAAGACAGCAUCCUCCUCUCAAAUGUCAGUCACUUGCUCAACUUGCCUCUCUCUCCCAGAUUUCUUAAAAUUGAAAAAGAUCCAUCAUGGCGUCCAAGAUGGUGGUUCAGCAGCCCAAGCCAUUGGUCGUGGCUGCUGCAUCAGACCAGUGGAGCACCAGCAUCUGCGAAUGCGACAACGUCAACGAGUGUUGUUUCUCUGUGUGGUGUUUCCCUUGCUUUGCGUGCAUCACAGCCAGAGAUCAUGGAGAAUGUCUCUGCCUCCCUCUCCUGGACAGCUGCGGGUGUAUUCCCCCGAUCACUCUCUCCAUGAGGGUUUCCACACGCCGGCGGUACGGUAUCACGGACUCUAUCUGUAAUGACUGUGUGUACUCUUACUUCUGCGGACCGUGCUCGUGGUGUCAGAUCAGACGGGAGAUGAAGGCCAGACUCCAUCCUAUCACUCUGUUCAACAACAGGCCCACCUAGAGAUCGCCAGCAUCAUCCUCAUGCACCUUCAGUAUCAUUUUCACAGUACAUUCUCUAAAGCACACUUUGUCCUUAUCGGAUCACAUUGUUUCAGUUCAAAAAACAAAAAAACAAAGACUUGCUUGUUCCGCAGUUGUAAUCACAGUCACAGAUCUUGAUCUUCCUCCCACACAAGCUGACCUGGGAUCAGCCCUUGGGCAAGACACUGUAGUGGAAUGUGUUUUGCAUAUUGAUGGCGUACAACUUUAUUCCCGGAGGUGAAGAAUUCUGAAGAAUGGAUUCUCCUAAGAAAUACUCUGAUUUGGGAUUUUAAUGUUGCCACAUGUUUAGUGUCACUAGAUUGUUUUGAUCUCCUUUCGUUUUUAGAGACUUCAUUCUUUCCAAUGUACCUCACCACAUCUUAUAUUUAAAUGAAUAUGCAUCAUGUGAUUUUCACUGUAGUUAGUUAGUUGUUGUUAUAUUGAGCCAUUGAUAUUUACACUAGAGGUUUGAUAUUACUGAAAGAUGUUUUAUUGUGUGUUUUUGCAGGCAUGUAAAUGAUUGAAUGUAGAAAAUACAAAAUUAUGUUAGGACACUCAAUAAAGCUGAUCAAAAACAUA